ACUAGGCUUCCUUCCGGUUUGCUAAGCGGAGGCCGGAAGUGUUGGUUUUAGGGGGCUGUGGGAGUAGAAGAGUGCUGAUAGCGGCAGCGAGGGCAGCGAAGGGGUUACCGAAGUGCUGGGAUUCUUGCGGCUGUGCAGGGAUUUAACCACCACCAUGUCGAGCAAAAGGGCAAAGACCAAGACCACCAAGAAGCGCCCGCAGCGCGCAACAUCCAAUGUGUUUGCCAUGUUUGACCAGUCACAGAUUCAGGAAUUCAAAGAGGCCUUCAACAUGAUUGAUCAGAACAGAGAUGGUUUCAUUGACAAGGAAGAUUUGCAUGACAUGCUUGCCUCCCUGGGGAAAAAUCCAACUGAUGAGUAUCUGGAUGCCAUGAUGAAUGAGGCUCCAGGGCCCAUAAAUUUCACCAUGUUUCUCACGAUGUUCGGUGAGAAGUUAAAUGGCACAGAUCCAGAAGAUGUCAUCAGAAAUGCUUUUGCUUGCUUUGAUGAAGAAGCAACUGGCACCAUCCAGGAAGACUACCUGAGAGAGCUGCUGACAACGAUGGGAGACCGGUUUACGGAUGAAGAGGUGGACGAGCUGUACAGAGAAGCGCCUAUCGACAAAAAGGGGAAUUUCAAUUACAUCGAGUUCACGCGCAUCCUUAAACAUGGAGCAAAAGACAAAGAUGAUUGAAAGAACUUCAGAUUCCAGCCAAACGUUCCUUGUUGCCACUUUGGGUAUUUCUGAGACGUUCUCUUAGAAUCUGUUGCAUGCCCUUAGCUUUGCAGCUUUUGCCUUUCUUGUAUUUAUUCUCAGCCAUUUUGGGCACAUGCAUCUCUAUAUUCAGACUGGAAAUGGGACUUUUUAUGAUUUCAGAUAGAAAAUAGGGCAAUUUAACUUACCAGCCCCUCCCCCUCAAUAACUGCAGUCUACACAGAUUCAGUAUAUUUUUUCAGAGAAAGUUAUUCACUCAAUUUUUUCUGAACCAUAAUUAAACUUUAUGAUAAAAACUGGCUUGUUUAAAACUUAUUUACCAAAAUCGGCUUUUGUUACUUGCUUCUUCCAAAGAAAAGUAGAUGAGGCAAAGCCUACAAAAAGAUAUGGUUGUUAGACCUCUCCUUUACUCCAUCCAGUUUCUCUAACAAUCCUAUCUCUAAUAUUUAUUCCUCCCCCUCCCAAAGAAAUCCAGUUUAAACUGCCUUAAUUGGGUUUCUUGCACUUUGUCUUUCAGUUUUAAAAAUAAUUUUCUAUAGAUUUGCAGAGACAUGCUAGCUUUGGUAGCUUUAAAUCUUUAAGUUUUACAUAUCUGUCAACAUCCCUCUUUAUCUGUUCUAAGCUUUUGUGUAUUGCAUCACGUGAUUUAAAAUUAGACCAGGCCACUGAGCCUAAUUUUAAUUUGUCCUAAUUUUUAAAACUAUUUUAGCUCCAAAGGUUUUAUGGAAUGCUUCUUACCAAAAAGAUUUUUUUGUAUUGAAUUUCAAAAUGUUGGAAAUACAAUCCAGUAUUUUUUAUUGUA